AACCAGAUGGAACCGGAGGCAAUCGUGUGUCAUGGCUUGCUCGGAUUAAGUGGCAAAUACUAAGUGGAAGCCGACAUUUGGCACAAACGACGUGAAAAUCGUGCAAAUCGAAGCAAUACUAAUCGAACUAAAGUGGAAAAAGUGGGAAAUUCGUUUCUGGUGUCGGGGAAAAUUCUCGGAGGUUUUUCUUUAUUCGCUUGUUAACGAGGGUGUGUGUGUGUGCGUGUUUUUACUGCACACGAUUCUUAAGUAAACACGAAACAGAUUUCCAUUCCGCUGGACGGUGAGGUUAUUGCUGAAACGAGAACACACUUUGCUCAAUUACACGCUUAAAAAUUGUGGAGUAAAAAGAAACGACACGCCACCAGCCCGUUUCGAUGUGAGUUCCAAGUACGCAACCUUGAUCAUGAGCUACAUCGCGGAGGAAAAAAUCAAACUGGCGGGCGAGGACUCAAAGGACCGGCUGUACGAGGCCAAACAGAACCAGAAGGCGAUCAGGAUUCUGACGGUGGCCGCGUACGUGCUAUGCGUCUCGCUGGUGGCCAUUAUGCUUUCGCUUUACUACGUCUUUCUGUGGGACCCGAGCACGACCCGGCUCGCCGCCAAGACUCAAACUGUUGACAACAUCGUCAUCCCGGACCACCUGGCUAUCCAGCUGGCCAACAAAAGCGAAGUGCCGGCGGAAUUUUUCUACACCAACCUGUACCGGAACCUGAUCCACAGCAAAACCAUCAAGGCCCGGAAGUCGACCGCCAUCAACGAGUCCGCGAACCUGACCCAGCUCAUCCGGCUGUACCACCUGCAGCGCCAGCAGCUGGAACCACUGGUUGAGCCGCCGGACGGUACGCAGCCGCAGCCAUCGCAGGAUGUCAUGAUGGCGGACGAGGACGACGGCGGAGACGAUUACGAGCAGAGCGGAAAUUACGGUCUGUACUCGAACCACACCACGAUACAGCUGGACCAGGACGAGGAGCAGCAGCAGCAGCAAUUAUAAGCCUACUCCGUUUUGGUGCCGAUGAGCAAACGUCAAAAUUGAAACAAAGAUGGCCGCCACUCGAGCGUCCGAAGAAUUGCACCGAUUGAUACUGUUUUUCUAUGAAAAAUUUAGAAAAAAAAACAUUACAUCAUCUGCAUCUCCAGCAAAUACUCACACGACAGAGUCAGAACCACUCACGUAAGCUUCCCGGUUUGUUCCGGAAGUGGUCAAGUCUCGAAAUACUGACUUUAAACAAAUUAAAAAUCAAUAACACGUGGUGAUAAACACAUGGCACUGUACUCUUUUUGCGGUCAGUAAAAAGCAGCUGAAACUCUUACAAUUGUGGCCUAAAUUUGGAAAACUUACACACUGAAAAGAAAAUCGACUUUUGCUUUAAACAAACCACCCUACGAAUUCCAAAGAUGCAUCAAAGUAUUAUAACCUUAAUUAAUAUUAUUAUUAUUGUACACUGAACAGUUACUUGAGAAGCUACAAAUUCACUUGCUUGAAGCAGCAGUUAAAGUAAAGUAAAAAAAAAAUACAAUUUUAACAAACACAUUUUCAAUAAAACAGUUGAGCACCCCACAUUCAUAAACUUCAUGCAACAAAAACGAUGUUAGUUGAAAAUAUUAGUCUAAACAAUUUAACAGACACACACACACCCCACUUUUACAGCUUACGAAAUAAGAGAUGAAAUGAACGCGACGGCAAGGAUUUGAGGGGGUCAACAAUUGAACCAAAGAACGAAGUAAACAAUGAACCAAAGGGUUAAAAAAGUAGUGAAAUUUUAGAAGUUGUUAAGUUUAAGAGGCGAAAUAAAAGUUUAAAGUAAGGUGA